AUGUCUGAACCGAAUCCUACCCUCCCCGCAUGCUCCUCCUCUCCUCUAUCCGUCCCGCCCUCCGACGCCACAGCCGCCGCUCUCAACUAUGCCUUUCUCGUUCAUUCCCAAAAGACAUUGACGCAGAAUCUGCCUCCCAGAGUGGACAACAAGCUGCUGGCUCGUCAGAAACGCCGUCGGACUAGUCCGGAGGACCAUGCGAUUCUCGAGGCUGAGUAUCAGCGGAAUCCGAAGCCGGAUAAGACUGCGAGAGCGGAUAUUGUUAAUCGUGUUUCGUUGGGUGAGAAGGAGGUGCAGAUUUGGUUCCAGAACCGUCGCCAAAAUGAUCGUCGGAAGUCGAAGCCGCUUCAACCUCAUGAACUCCUCGCGCCGCGUGCUAUAGUAGACGAAUUUAAAGAGGGCGAUGGCAAUGUGUUGGCGGAACGCAGCACGGUGGAGCAGGGUGACCUUGACAAUGCACCCUUGUCGGACGCGUUGCAGUCUUCGUUCGGGUCGGACCCUGUGUCCGGUGCUGAGGACAAGGAUGAACAAGAGCAGUCUAUUCAGAGCUCCCAGACAAGUUUAGAUUCAGAAACGUCUGGAGCACCCCAACAGCCAAAUGAAGAGGUAGCACCAGAACCAGAACCAGAGCCAGUGGAGAACCCCGAGACCACACAACCAGACGCAUCGCAGUUGAGCACCACCAAGCGAAAGCGAUCGGUGACUGACCUGCGUGGUGAUUCAUCUGCACCCCAGCCAGCAGAGGAAGUUGCGUCAAAAGACUUCAAGUCGCCGCCCUCGCUGCGGAUUUCACUGUCUUUUGACGGCGAGGCAAUGGUACGGAAAGAGGGUGAAAUGACCCCAUCCCCGCCAAAGGGGCGAAACGCACUCCGCAUCUCCAUGUCUUCGGAUGGAAAGGCGGUCAUUCGUACAGACGAUGAACCCUCUCCAUCUAAGAACCGUAUAUCCAUGUUCUCUACUCGGAAGUCCCGCUUCGCAGGUCUUCGACGGAGCAACAGUGCCGUCCUUCCAGCAACACCGCGAGUGGCCUCGAGCGAGAAAGAGAGAAUGUUCGGUCGAUCCCGUGAUCCCCGUAAUUGGGAGUCCGUCUUCGACACAGAUGCCAGAAGUGCCUUGUCAACUCCUGGCAGCGCUCAGAGUGCGCCACAUAGCACCCCAGGACUCUUCCGCUCCCGUGGCCAGCGAUCGUUGACUAGAAGCCUUUCUUCAAGGCAGAAUGCCUUUGCCAACAACUCUCCCAGCCACCCUGACACCCCUGUUCCCAUGCAGACAGGAGAUAAGAGACGGAAGCUCUCCCGCACAGUCUCAUCUCUCGGACGACUGGAGUCGAACAGAGCAAAUGCGCUGGGUCAGGUAUCGGGUAAUUCUCUCAAGAUGCCUAAACUCCUUGGCAACUCUAAAAAGAACGAUGAAGAUUUUGAGUUCCACAACGGUGAUUCGGAUAAAGAGAACUGGAUCCCAGGCACGCGAAUCUCCAAUGUCCGUCGCCGGACGACGACUUCCAACAUGCAACGCCCAGCGCUCAAAGAUGCAAAUAGUCAUUCUACCAUGGGGAAUCCGCGCGUGGCGAUAAUCGGAGCUGGCAUCUCCGGGCUACGAUGCGCAGAUAUUCUUGGCCAGAACGGCGCUCAAGUCACGAUCUUUGAGGCGAGAGAUCGAGUUGGGGGGAGGGUCGCACAAAGCAAAGUCGGCGAUCAUUUGGUUGAUCUCGGACCAAACUGGAUUCACGGCGGUCAAGACAAUCCAAUCUCAGUCAUCGCCGAGUCAACAAAGAUAAGACUUGAAGACUUCGACGAGAACCAAAUAAUCUUCUCAAAAGACGGCAAACCACUCAACAACAGACUUGCCGCCAAAGUCUCCGAUUUCGUUUGGACGACCAUUGAAGAGGCAUUCGAGUACAGCAACACAUACAAAGAUAGUAUCCCAUCAGAUCGGAGUUUGUUUGACUUCUUCAAGGAUCGAGUUGAGAGGAAAGGAUUUAAUGAGGAGGAGAAAGAGGCUUGUCUUGAGAGCUGUAGGUUGUGGGGAUCGUAUGUUGGGGACCCGGUUGAGAGGCAGAGUUUGAAGUUUUUCUGCUUGGAGGAGUGUAUUGAUUCGAGUAAUUGUUUCGUGUCUUCUACGUAUCAGAAGAUUCUGGAGGUUGUGUCUAAGGCUGCGCUGAAGCAUGCGGAUGUUCGGUUUAAUCAGCCUGUUCUGGGAAUUGAGGCGCAACCUCGCGAGGUCAAGGCAGAUAACCGGGUGGUACUGUCCACUGCAGAUGGACAAGAGCAUCAAUUCGACGAGGUCAUCGUGACUUGUCCUCUGGGAUGGCUCAAACGAAACAAAUAUGCCUUUACUCCAGAUCUUCCUCCUCGUCUUAUCCAGGCUAUUGAUAGCAUCUCUUACGGUAGACUUGAGAAGGUCUAUGUGACGUUUCCAAAAGCCUUCUGGCACAUUGAGGGGGAAAACUACAAACCCCCAAAUUUUGCCAUGUUCCUUGAUCCAACAUAUACAAACCAUCCGAAAGAGAUUAUUUGGAAUCAAGAAUGUGUCUCUCUUGCAACACUCGGGCCACAGGCCCACCCAACUCUCCUCUUCUACAUCCACGGACCCUGUGCGAGUCACGUCGUCUCCCACAUAUCGAAUUUGUCACCUUCGUCAUCCGAAUACCACGACUAUCUCAACGACUUCUUACAUCCCUUCUACUCCCGUUUGCAUGGCUACGCCACUGCAUCUGCAGACUGCAAACCCCUCGCUUUCCUCGCAACACAAUGGCAAAUAGACCCAUACGCAGGCAACGGCUCAUACAGCAACUUUCAGGUCGGAUUGGAACAAGGCGAUGAGGACAUCGAAGUCCUCCGUGAUGGUGCCGGAAUUGGAAAAGAACGCGGGGUUUGGUUUGCCGGCGAACAUACAGCGCCAUUCGUAGCGCUCGGAACAACAACAGGAGCAUACUGGAGCGGAGAAAGAGUUGCCGCAAGAGUAUGUCAAAUAUACGGACUUGAUGGGAUUGGGAUUGAAACCGGAAGGGAUGAUUCUCUCCCUUCGCAGGUCUCAAUUACCUAG